AUGGGAGAAGUGACAGGUCAUGGUCAUUACAAAGCAACAUGUAAUUUUUGUAAAAGAGUUUGGAAUUGUGGAAAACCCAAAAGAAUGGCUGCUCAUCUAUCUAAUAAUUGUCUACAAGUUCCUCAUGACAUUCGUAACACAAUUUUAAAUGCUUUUUUAAAAGAAUAUGGAUCUUCACCUCUUGAUGAAAGUAGCAUUGGUAUUAAUAAACAAUAUUUUCCAAAAAUUUUAAUGCAUGCUGGAAGUAUUUGGAAAGAUUUAGGACAUAAUCAAAAUUCAUGUAAAGAUCUGUAUGCUCAAUUACGUAAAUAUCAACUUCAUUCAGAACCAUAUGAUGCACCUUUCUCAGAUAACUAUGAUACUCCUUAUUCCUGGUGGAUCAUUAGGGUUUUUAGAAUUGUUGGAUAA